CAUCAGCCAGGGCGAGAUCCUGCUGUUCGGCAGGUACGCCCCGCUGAAGUACCAGCUCGCACCGUCCUGGGUGGAUUUCGGCUGGCAGAAGAUCAUCAAUCUGGUGACCUGCUCGAUUGGCUGGAAGUCUGCUGCUGUCUACCGUCUCGCGCCUUGGCAGGAGAAUGGGGCGAGGCGGGGGAGAAUGCUAUCCAGUUCAUCAGGAGCUUCGAGAACUCGGCCGGCGACACAGGUUUCUUCUCGAUUGUGCGAGAGUUGGGUUCGAGUAACAACGGCUGGGUCGUGGCGAAUUACACCUCGACGGUAUGCCACAGUCAUGCGCCAUGGAUCUACGGCCAGAUGA